GACUUUACCGGGGGGGGGGGGGGGGGGAUCAGCGGGUCUCCAGGAUAUGUCUUCGGCACGAGUGAGGUAAACAAGGCAGGGAGAGGGGUGGACCCAGCCCCACAGCCAGGAACCAGCCCUCACUGGCCCAGUCACCGCAGACGGUCGGACGGACGUACGGACAUGGAGCAGGGCGGCAGGGACAAAAAGCAGAAGAGCUCGGAGGAGAAGGCCAGGACGAAUUUGUUUCACCGUCGCCUGGCCCAGAGGAUGAUCCUGAGUCCUGAAGAAGAGAUGAAGUUCCUGCUGCACCGGCUGGUCGUCGUCGGCAGGAUCUCCCCGGAGCUCGCUGACAAGAGAGACCUGGGAGCCCAUUAUGAGAAGUUAUCCCAGCGCCUGCAGCUGGGUUACCAAGCGGACGCGUUCACAGGCCUGCUCCUCCUCUACCCGUCCCACGUGGUGCACGUCGUGGAGUCGUCCAGUGAAGUCCUGGUGUACGUGCUCCGGGACCUGUGCGACAUCCAGACGAGACCUCACAGUGGCCUGAUUUUGGAGUCCAGAAUUCUGGUGGUGUCACAUGACAUCCAGAGCAGGCUUUUCCAGGACUGGAGCUACAAGGUGCUGGACUUGCCGGCAACGACGCUAACCGACAGGAGAAAGCAGGAGUCUAUUGAGAAACUGGUCAUCAGCACGCUCAAGUUGAUCCUCAAGUUGGGGAGCCAUCUGCAGAAAAUGAGCAAGGGGCAGACCUCGAGCGUCUCUGACGAGUCCCUCCUGAAGCAGGUGCCAGAGCUGAUCGUCCCGCAGGACGUCCUGGCCCAGCUCAUCGAGCGCAAGGAGCUCCUCACCCCACAGCAGUACCUGCAAACCUACCACUCACCUAUCCACAUGCCCAUAAACUCAGGGCACACAUUUGGAAGCUUCUGUCCAAACAUAGUUUAGCUGUCUGUGGACCUCACAUCACGCUGAAGCAUGAAGCAAACCUGCUGCUAAAACCAAUGCUGAUACUGAAGACCAGCAGGCCAGUAUGGGACCACGAAAACACCAGGACUCAUAGCAACUCAGACACAUAUAACUCUGUCCCCAGAGGUGAACUUAAAAAAAAAAAAAAGCAGUGAAAUUUUGGUCAUAAUUUCAUCAUGUGGCAGUAAAACUGCAGUCCUGACUCCCAUGGCACUCAAAAAAGGCAGGGGGUUUCCCAGUGUCCUGGUCAAACUCUCUGUACAGCUGUCUGAUCUCCCCCCCCCCCUGCCCCCAUUUAACUGGAAAAUGAAUCGCUCCCUCUCCACCCAUUGACAUUUCCGGUGAAAAAUGGCUGGUGUUCACAGUCCAGAUGGGCACCUCAUGUUAACUAUGGUUGAGCAGAGUAAGCAAAACUGAACCCCAGCUGCACCCCACCUAUGAUGUUCUUUCAGAUCAGCGGUUGUAUAAAUUCAACCCCAUGCUAUAAACAUUCAGGCCAUUGUUAUAAUAAUAUCACUCCUGCUGAAUCAGAAUAUUUGCAAUGCGGUGAUUCCUCGUGAACUCUGAACUACGUUUCUGAAGCUCUUCCCUUUUAAAAUGGAUGCUCACCAGGGAAUGUAUUCUGUAAAGCAGGGCUGCCCAAUGGCCCAACCAUCUUGUAGAUUUUUACUCCAACCGUAAAAAAACCCACAUCAUUCAACAGCUAGAGAUCUCACUGAACUUGUAUGCGACUUAUAUACUCAAUAGUAGGGAAAUAAACUGUUUUGGACACUGCCCUAGAGAUCUCAUUGAGCUCCUGAACGGUAGCAGAAUCAGGUUGGCCAAAUUAGGGUUGGAGUGAAAACCUACAGGACAGUAGAUCUCCAGGCCCAGGGCAGGACCAUCCUGGUUUAAAGCACCUCAGAUUGGGAAUUCUGAUCUUGGGUCAGUUUUGUCAUUUAGGUCAUAAUGGACAGGGGUAGGAUAUGGAUGAAGAGGCUUGAUCCCAGGUCAGUGCUCUAUGGGCCCUGAUCUCUGAGGCACAAGGUCCAGUGAACAGCAGAGGUGACGGGUCAUGUAUCUAAAAGCAGUCCAGUAGUGAGAUCCAUCAUGUUAUCAUAGUCUACCAAACACCAUCAUAAUUUCCAAUCGGUUGAAAGUGUACGCCGUUUAAUCCCCUGGAAGAUGGGA